GAGGCGGUGACCUCAUGGUCGUGGCGAGGCGGAGCGAACCGCUGCAACUUUGGAUGAAGUUCUGAUUUGAACAAACCGAGAGGCGGUCGGCGUAGAGCACGGAGCGGCAGAUAAGGAGGUGCAGAAUCCCCCCCCCCCCACCCACCAACCCCAGGAUUUCUGCUCUUCUUUCAAAUAUAUCAGCCAUUGCAGACACGGCUUAUUCAUCCCAGUAAUUGACCAGCGAGAGCGGCGUUCUUUUUUUCUCUCUCUCUCCCUCUGAAGGAGGCAGACAAGGUGGGAAUGAAUAAAGGUUCGCCACAGAACCUUUAGACUGUCAAUGGGACUUUCUGGCCGUAGUGAUAAACCAAGUUGGUGGCUGUCUGCACCACUGUUCCCAGUUGCUGGGCUCCAGUCUCACUGUCGAGGCAAACUGACUGCUUUUCUCUCAUGAAUCCAGUGCAGAUGGGCUUUUAAAGACAGCGGUAAACGUUUCUUCAUACCUCAGGCUUUUAUAAGAACCAGAUGUGAAUCUCCCUCUGCUCUUGACUCGGCGGGCAUUAUGCUGACCCAAAUCUAACCCCGUUUUACAACCUUUCUUCACCUUUCCCUCCCGUCUCCCCUCCCCGCAUCCCUCCCCGUUCUUCGCCAUGACUAGUCUGAAGCGCUCGCAGACAGAGCGGUCAGUCGGGGGCUCGGUGCCGGCUACCGACGAGUUCUAUACCCGUCGCCUCCGACUGCCCAACGGAGGAGCACCGCCACCUCGCAGCGAGAGCGCGCACAUCUCCUCCGCAUCAACCACCGGCACCAACCCCGGUGUCCCCAAGAUGGGGGUCCGAGCUCGUGUGGCCGACUGGCCCCCUAGGAAAGAUGGAGGUGGCGGAGGGGGAAGUGUUUGGCACAUCACAGUGGAGACGGACUCGCCCAGCUCCACAAACACCACCAGCUCUUCAGGAUCCGGAAGUGGAGACAGAGAAAGGAUCCUAGGAAGUGGAGGAGGAGGAAGUGGAGGAGGUGGAAGUGGGGGAUCGGGCAGCAGUGGCGGCAGUGGAGAAAGAGGAGGAGGAGGAGGAGGAGGUGGGGGAAAUGUGUCAGCCGUCACGGCCCACAGCAAUCUCUCGGCUAAGUUAGGACACCUGAUAAGCCCGCAAGACUCGUCGAUGCUGCGCAACAUCCAGAACACGCUAAAGAACAAGAUGCAAAGCAAGGGAAAGGACAAUCGCUUCCUGUCGCCAGACGGUUAUCUCGGUUCUCCCCGCAAAGGGAUGAGGCGCAUCCGCCAGCGCAGCAACAGCGACAUAACCAUCAGCGAGCUGGACGGUGACGGCAACGAGGGCUGGUCCUUCUCUGGGUGGACGCCCAUGCACCGCGAAUAUGGCAGCACGUCUUCAAUAGACAAACACGGAGUGUCCGGAGAGAGCUUCUUUGACAUGCUCAAGGGAUACCAGUCCUCUGAGGCGCCCGAUCAGAGAAGCCCAGCUCCAGAAAGACUGUCAGAGCUCCUCACUGUGGCCCCCAUAAAACAGGCCGCCCUGGAUCUGCCUGACGGUCCGGCGCGGGGCAGCCCCGCCAGUCGACUCAAAGAACGGGAGAAGCACUUGAAGAGAAGGUCAAAGUCGGAAACGGGCGGAGAGUCUAUAUUCAGGAAGCUGCGCAGUGUGAAGGUGGAGGGCGACACGUCGAGGGCCGGCUCAGAUGCUGAGGACGGGGGCAAAGCGGACGAAAGCGGCCCACCUCCUAAACCUUGGCUGUGCCAAAAAGGCUUUGCCCAUUUUGACAUCCAGUCCCUACUGUUCGAUCUCAACGAAGCGGUCCAGAACCGCCAGUGUGGCUCCAAGCGCAAGAACACCACAACCGGCGCCUCGGCCGCUGCCGCCGCUUCGGCGUCUGCCACAUCCUCCCUUUCCUCCAAUCAGAGUGGAACCUACGGCUCCCCUUGUGGCUCGCAGGAGGAGCUGAGCAAGGAGCUUACCGGAGGAGGACACGGCACCAACCCCGCAAUGGACCCCGGAGACGAUAAGAGCAACGACUUGGUUCUCAGCUGCCCUUGUUUCAGGAACGAGAUUGGUGGAGAGGGCGAGAGGAACAUUUCCCCCGCUAAACAGCAGGGCAGCAUUGGUAGCGGUGGGAGCUCCAGCAGCUCCUCUGGUAGUACAGAGGAAGGACCCCUGGAGGCCACGCUCACAACCCACUUUACCAACGCUGGGGUGGCCGUGUUGGAGGCGGCUAAAGAUGGACAAAGUCAACACGCCGACAGGUCCAAAAGAUAUAUCGUGGAACAUGUUGACCUUGGUGCCUAUUACUAUCGAAAGUAUUUCUAUCUAAGAGAGCACUGGAACUAUCUGGGGGUAGACGAGAACUUGGGCCCGGUGGCGGUGAGUUUGAGGAGGGAGAAACUGGAGGAACACAAGGAUCACGGCCAGCAGUAUAACUACAGGGUCAUCUUCAGAACGAGUGAGCUUACCACCCUGCGUGGCUCCAUCCUUGAAGAUGCUGUGCCAUCGACGGCCAAGCAUGGUCUCGCUCGUGGCCUGCCCCUCAAGGAAGUCCUGGAAUACCUCGUUCCUGAGCUCAACGUGCACUGCUUGCGGCUGGCGCUCAACACGCCUAAGGUCACAGAUCAGCUGAUGAAGCUGGACGAGCAGGGGCUGAGUUUCCAGCGGAAGGUGGGGGUGAUGUACUGCAUGGCGGGCCAGAGCAGCGAGGAGGAAAUGUACAAUAACGAAGCAGCCGGUCCAGCAUUGGAAGAGUUCCUGCAUCUCCUGGGCGAGAGGGUCAGGCUCAAAGGUUUCAACAAAUAUCGAGCUCAGCUGGACACAAAGACUGAUUCGACAGGCACCCAUUCCUUGUACACCACUUACAAGGAUUAUGAGAUCAUGUUCCACGUUUCCACCAUGCUGCCCUACACACCCAACAACAAGCAACAGUUACUGCGGAAGCGGCACAUCGGGAACGACAUCGUCACAAUUGUGUUCCAGGAACCUGGAGCGCUUCCUUUCACUCCUAAAAACAUUCGCUCUCACUUCCAGCACGUCUUUGUGAUUGUUCGGGCUCACAACCCCUGCUCUGAAAACUGCUCCUACAGCGUGGCAGUCACCCGUUCCAAAGACAUGCCCUCAUUCGGCCCCCCGAUCCCAGAGGGGGUGACCUUUCCCAAGUCAUCCGUGUUCCGGGAGUUCCUGCUGGCCAAAGUGAUCAAUGCCGAGAAUGCCGCCCACAAAUCACAUAAGUUUCGUGCCAUGGCCACCCGGACGCGCCAGGAGUACCUGCGGGAUCUGGCAGAGCGCCACACCACCAGCACCCCGAUCGAUCCCUCAGGAAAGUUUCCUUUCAUUUCUCUGGCCCAUAAAAAGAAGGAGAAGUCGCGGCCGUACGACGGAGCGGAGCUGCGCAGCCUCGGAGCGGUGACCUGGCCGGUUUACGCCGAGGAUCACGGGAACGGAGGGGAAAUCGAGGCCCUGUUGGCAAUUUCCAACGACUUCCUGAUCCUGUUGGACCAGGAGGCCAAAGCUGUGGUGUUCAACUGCGCCACCAAGGAUGUGAUUGGCUGGACGCUCAGCAGUCCUGCUUCGUUAAAGAUCUUCUAUGAGCGGGGAGAAAGCGUGUCUCUGAGGAGCAUCAGUAAUAAUACUGAGGAUUUUAAAGAAGUGGUCAAACGUCUUGAGUUUCUCACUAAGGGCUGCGAGACAUCCGAAAUGACGCUUCGUCGAAAUGGUCUGGGGCAGCUCGGCUUCCACGUGAACUAUGAAGGCAUUGUGGCAGAGGUGGAACCGUACGGAUAUGCUUGGCAGGCGGGACUCCGUCAAGGCAGCCGAUUGGUCGAAAUCUGCAAAGUCGCUGUUGCGACUCUGACCCACGAGCAGAUGAUUGACCUCCUGAGAAAUUCGAUGACAGUUCGCGUGGUCAUCAUCCCACCACAUGAUGACGCUACUCCACGCAGGGGCUGCUCAGAGCUCUAUCGAGUGCCGGUGUCUGACUACAAGGGCAGCAGCACAGACAGCGGCUCCUUCGAGUACAAGUUCCCAUUCCGCAGCAACAAUAACAAGUGGCAGAGGACGUCGAGCAGCCCUCAGCAGUCCCUGACCGCUUCACCACAGCCGCACACCCCCAACCGAGCCAUCAGCCUUGGCAGCUCAGUGGGAAAGACCCUGUCUGCUGAGAGGCUGGAGAGAGGCGCUGCCAUUCCACGCAGCGUCAGCAGCGACGGUCGACCUCUGGACCCCAAGAGGAUGUCUCCUGGCAGUGAGAGCUACAGCCUGGCCUCUUCCCUGGCUUUAGGUCGUUCUCCUCACAACCGCAGCUCUCCCAGCAACCUGUCCUGCUCCAGCGAGGCCUCUGGAAGCUCCGCUCACUGGAGGCAGAAGUCCAUGCCUGAGCAGUUUGCAAGCAGCCGACAUUCACCCAUGUCAUCAGAGAGACGGGAGGUGGCCGGAGAGGGUGGUUCCAGCGGAAAAUCCACUCCCAACUGGUCGAGAACGGAGGAAGGUGGAGGCGAACGAGGGUCAACAGAGGCCCCAGCGUCCAAGUCAAGCCAGGGCUACUCUGGAGCCCCUCGCAUCCAGAGGCAGGAACAGGUCAUUCACCUCUCCCCAAAGAAGGGCAGCCAGUCAGACGGCCCUUACUCGGGGCACUCCAGCAGUAACACUCUGUCCAGCACCGCUUCCAGUGGGGGCCACAGCGACAGUGACAAAUGGUUCGACCUGGGGACAGGAGGAGGCUCCACCGGGGACCCAAAUGAACCGGAACCCAACGGCCUGGGAGGAGGAGGCUACCUCCAGGGGGCCUCAGCCGACAGUGGCAUCGACACUGGCUCUUACGGAGCCUCGCAUCAUUCCCACCCCCACUCCCACCAUGGCAGCACCGCCUCCCUGCUGGCCCCCAGUGGGAGCAGAGAAAGCAGGGAGCGCACCUCGUCUCCAUGGCAUAGUCCGACUGAGGGGGGGCGCAGGAUGCUGGAGAGGUCGCCUGCUGCUGCCGAGUCUCCGGGGCCUCCAGGAGAACGGAGCCAUGACUCGGGGGGUAGAAGCCAUGACUCGGGGGGUAGAAGCCAUGACUCUGGGGGUAGGAGCCAUGACUCUGGGGGUAGGAGCCAUGACUCGGGGGGUCGAAGCCAUGACUCGGGUGGUCGAACCCAUGAAUCGGUGGGUCGAAGCCCACCAACUCAUCUUCUUGUCAGAGACAGCAGUACUUUCAGCCUGGGUGACGGUGGAUCACAUUCGAGGCACUCUGGCCACAGCUCACCCAGAGAGGAGUCAUCGUCUUCAGCCACCUCCCCUUCGUCUCAGUCUUCAGUCUCCCCCGGGCCCAAGACCUUCUACCCCCGUCAGGGAGCUCAGUCCAAGUAUCUGAUUGGCUGGAGGAAGCCUGGCUCCACCAUCAACUCUGUGGACUUUGGAGACACAAGGAAGAAAUCUCCAGGCGAAAGUGGAGGAGAAGUGGCCCCGACUCCGGCAGCGAGACCAUCACUUCGAGACAUGCACUCCCCGCAGACUCAUGCCAAAUCUACUGUGGAGGAAGACGUUAAGAGGCACCCUGCUCACGACACGCCACCACCACCGAGAAAACACAAGGAAAAGCACGGCCAGAAGUCGCCUCCAAGCCAGCCGCUCAGCCGGCGCCGCUCGCUGCACCGCACCCUGUCAGACGAGAGCAUCUAUCGCGGUCAGCGGCUCCCCUCCCUGAGCGACUCGGUCACCGAGCCGGCGCUCGCCACCGAUCUCCUCUUCAGCUGCUCCACCCUUCCUCGCUCUCCCACCACUCGCGGUGUACCCCUCAGACGGCCCUCCUAUAAACUAGGAGUCAAACUCCACGGGGACCUUUCGGCAUCUGACACGUCAUUGGUGGAUUUGGUGGAGCGUCAUCGGGGACCCCUCCCUCAGGAGCUGAUGCCCCUCCCAUCUUCAGGUAGAGACAGUCCUCUUGAGUGGACUCACCUGGUGGAUGUGGCCAGUACCUUCGAGAAUGAGAGAAACACACACUACAUCCAGAGAAGUUAUGUGUUUGGGGAUUCAAACCAUCGAAGCAGUGCGGCAUCCAGUCCCCAGCAGCAACACAUAGAGCUGCAGCCUGCUCCACUGUCACGGCCCUCAUCCAGCGAGGGUCACAUAGGGCUGGAGAGGAAGGUGACUAAACUGGAAGCCAUGGUGAAGAUGCUCCAGGAGGACCUGAAGAAGGAGCGGGAGGAAAAAUUGCGGCUUCAGUCUCAGAUCAAGAGGCUCUGGGAGGACAACCAGAGACUUCAGGAGGAGUCCCAGACAUCUGCUGCCAAGCUCAAGAAGUUCACAGAGUGGGUCUUCAACACUAUCGACAUGAACUGACCCGUCGUACCGAAUCCCUCACGCACGCACACAGCUCAUCUGCACACACGGCGUUUGUGAAGAGGCAGAGGGGGCUCCACCAGACCCUUUCUACAAUCUUCCAUUGGUUUUUAACUCCAUCGACAUCAUUAGACUUUCUGGUUCUUAUAGGAGGAGGAAAUAUGUGGGACUCGUUUCUCCCCGUUUGCCUCCCCCGUUUUCAUUUAGUGGCCAAACAGAGCUCCUCAUUCUCCAGAUGUUUGACUUUCGCACUUAUUCCAGUGGUCAAAAUGAAGACUCCUGUCCUUUUAUGACAUAGACCAACAUUUGGCCUUUUACGCAUCGAUUUGUUCAUUUUCCCUCCUCCCACUUCUUUUAAAGCAUUCUUCAGCUGCUCUGAAAAAGCAAACAUGGUUCUCACCAAAUCAAAGAUGCCUCAGCGGGGGGGGGGGGGUCGCUCAGACAUCCUGUCUUAAAAGCAGACGCAGCCACACAGACGCUGCUGCAGCGAACCAAUAAUACAUAUUAUAGAUCUGAAGCCACAACACAGCGCAAGAGAGGUUUCCAUCGCUAUUUAAAGGAGUGAAUCUAUAUAUUUUUUUGCAUCUAAAGUACCUGGACAUCCAGCUUCAGACGCAUUUAUUUUCUAUUUUACUCCUUCAUUCAGAUCUUUUUGUAUACACUAUCGCCUGAAAGAGGAGUGUAUUAAAAGCCAUUGGCAAGCAGUGCCAUAAACCAAGACUGAUCCAGUGUUAAUCGGUCCAUCUCAGUUCUGCGUGUCUUAAAAGCAAUAGGAAGAGGUCCGGACUCCUGGAGCUAUCUGAAAAGAAGCUUGAGGUGAAGAAACAAACAAACAAAGAAAAAAAAAAACCGCUUGACGUGAAAAGGGUAUGUUUGCAAGAAAUCAAAUCUCCGCUGCACAAGAGCCUUCAUCGAUUUCCUCUGAGAAAAAGGGAAUAUAAGGACUCAUGAUCCCACUGCCUGAAAAUAAAGAGCCGGCUGAUUAUAAAUAAGAGACAAUUAGGGGCUGGAACGGUUGGAGACUUAUCAAUCCCAGGUUAAUUUAUUUCCUUGUAUUAUAAUUCCAAUAAACAAGUUGUUCUAUUCGUAUAGUACAACUGAUAUCAGUGUUUAGUUCUCCAAGACUAAUGGUCAAUAGUUAUAUUAUUUAAAUGGCUUUCUUUCCUAAUUCUACCUAAAGCCUGACUAUAUGCUUUUUAUUCUGUAUUAUGUUGUAUUUUGUGGUGCCCGAGCCUGCUGUUGUGUUGCUUACAGUGCCAUCUAGUGGUGACCAGUGGAAAAUGUCAUGAUUUGUAAAUGUGCUGCCAAUCACCUGUAUUUUUUUUUUUUUUUUUUUAUUAGAAUUUCUUUUCUCCCCCUAUGCUUCUUGAUUCAAGGCCACAAAAAAACUCUUAGAAGAGGAAUAAGAAUGAGAAGAAAUAGCAGCCAGCAUUUAGAGACAAUCAGAGAUGGAUUUUUAUAUAUAAAAAAGGAGCAGACUUGGUGUGGAUGUUUGUGUGUGUGUGUGUGUGGAUGUCUGUACAUUACAUCUACAGUUUUCCUCAGGUUUAAGGGGACAAAAUGUUGUCGGGAAAGUAAAUUUGCACAUGUUAAAGAAUAUAUCUUUUGCGGAUGUGAAAUGUGUCGCCAUAGUGAGAAUGUCCAUUAGUCUACCCAGCCGUGCCUACGAUACAUUCACUUCUUGUCGGUCAUCGACUCCCGGGCAGAGCAGGGACGUGCCUUUGAAACAGCAGCUGGGGAGCAGAUAAAAGGGAAAGCCUCUCGAUCUCCAUCUGGAUCCAGUAACACACUUUUCUUGUCGCUAAACCUCCUUCACACUCAUUGUGGAUUGCCGUCGCGAGGCGUUAAAUGUGUCUGCUGACAGGUCAGUGGUGUGAGGCGGGGGAGUCUUCACACAAGCGUGUUUGGUUAUGUGUGCCUUUGCAUUCUUUUUUUUUGUUUGUGAGCAAAUCUGAGCAAAAGGACCUCGGAGUGCAAAUAUUAGAAGAUUAGGUUCCCCACGUCACAAAGAGAACAACAGCGGAGCUCAAAAGUCCACCCGACCCUGUUAAAAUGGCAGAUAUUUGACAAAAACAAAAAUCAAAGCUUUUCCCCUCCCAUUUAAUUCUGCUGGGAAAAACAACCUUGCUAUCGAUUCCGCUGUGAAUCAGUGAGAAAGGCUGCCAUACCACGGUUGCAUUAGCGUGCAUAGCCUCCCUUUUAAUGAAUUGUUGAAACACAUUUUGACUGAAUACCAGCAUUCUGUCUUUCUUAGGAGGAUCAGCUACAUGUUGACUCACAAAGAUUUGCCCGUCCUAAAUAGUUUAAUGCUGGAAAAAUUAAAAACCUCUCCUCCUUCGGAUUUUCUAGCAGACACUUACACAACUGUUUUUGGAACAAAGCUGACGAGAAAAACCUUUUAUGAAUACAUACACUCUGACCAAAAGAGCUUAAGGAAAGUAAUCCCUCAUCAUGAUGCUUCCACCAAUGUGUCGUACUCUGGGUAUGGUGUUGUUUUGGUAAUGCUAACUGUUGGUUUUUUAUCUUAAGGGACCGUGACUUGAAAGUUCCAGUUGGGUUUUAUCACACCGUAACACAUCCUCCCACAAGGUUUUAUUAGAUUGUGUCUGGUUGUUUCCUAUAGAAGAAAGAGCCUCUAUCUUGUAACCCUGUUCUGUAGUUCAGACAUAUGUGGAUACAAUACAAGAGGCCAGUACUUGUUGGAAGUUUAUGCCGCAUCUUUCGGGUUGCUGUCAGCCUCGGCGAUCAACUUUGCACAGUUAGAUCCGACUGACUGUCUGUCAGCGUUCAGCAAACUACGGCUUUAGCUAAAGGAUGCAAAUAUCAGCAAAAUCAUAUGACAAUACCACAUUUAUGUACAAUUAAUCAAAUUCCAUGUAAUUUAAGGCAGGGGUGAACCCAAGAUGACCGGAUGCUGAAACCGAAUCAAAGUAUCGGUCCAAAAGGUGCGCACACUUAAGCAACAAGGUAUUAGCAGCUGUUUAGGAAAGUAUUGUUCCAUCUUGCGAAAUAAUGUUUCAGCUGAAUUACACCGGAUCCGUGGAGUUACGAAACGCAUCGCUGAAAGCGGCCAUUUUAACAGGUGUGUGUUCACUUUUUAUUACCAUCCAGGCAUGUAUGUGAAAAUGCCUUUCUGUCUCAGUAGUUAUCAUCCCCUGUUCCUAUAAACUCUGAGUGUAUUAACAUGUAUAAUUAGUGAGGCGGACGCCCUGCCAGUGUUCACCACAGAUUUACAGAAACGUGAAUGUAGAGUGAAGUGAGCUUAAAGAAUUGUGAUGUUUUAUUAUAACCGAUAUUAUUCCUUCAGCUCUGUUGUUUUGCAGAGGAAAACCAACAGAGACUGGACUCUCUGCAUCAGUCUUGGUUCUGUUUUAAGAAUCUCCGGUUCGUCUUAGACGACAGCAGUUAUCCCAGUAGACAAUAACCCUUUCUUCUGAUUUUAAUAGUUUUUACGAGGUAUGCAUCUGUAGAAAUCAGCCUAGAAGAUGUUCUCCAUCCACUAAGAUUGGACUUCUGUUGAACUCAAAAAUGUUUCUGCAAGCGAAGGUGCCGUUAAUCACGCUGCUGUACAUGGGAACAACUGGUUUUUUUUUUUUUUUUCCCCACUGAAGAAUGACGAAACGUGCCGUGCAAAUGUUAAAAGUGUAUCUAAGACAAAAACUCAUUCUGUAAACCAGUAAAGUUCCUUUUUUUUUAUGUGUGAAUGUUGUAUUAAUUUACAGUUUACUCAUAAGUUUGCUGUGUUUUGUUUUGCUCGACAGACGGAUAUCGGAAAUGUGAAUGUAAAGAUGUUGAGAAGGUCCAUUUUGUAAGAUCUGUUAUGGAGAUCCUUUGCACAGUGUUGACAAGUUUUGGAUAUAAAGAAGGGUUAAUUUCCUUCCCAGUGCAAUUUUGUCUAGGUGUUGCUCUGCAGCUCCUGCUCAACAAAGGAAGGACGCUUAAGUUUCAUAAAACAGGGACCCUACUUUUCCUCGACGCACCACCGAUCAGGUGGGGAGGAAAAGCGAGAGCAGACGGGAAGGCGCUCGUUUGGUCGGCAUGCUCGUCACGCACAGCUUGCGAGGUCAUUGACUGCAGCGGGAGAGGGAGGAUUCGCAAAGCGCCGCCGUGUCGUGACGCGCUCUGCUCGCUGCUCUUCCAGAAACGGACUCAGCUGUACGCUGAUCAGAUCCCACUGAAAAUAAGGCACACGGCAUCAAGAGAGAACCAGGAGUUUCAAAAGAUUGGAAAAAAAACAACAACAACACUGUUUACAUCCCAGUCCAUUGUCUUUGUAAGAUGUAAAAGUGUGACCAAGACAUUUGCGGUGAUCACAGUAUUAAAGUUUCUGAAAUAAAUAAAUGCUCUCA